AUGUCUAGGUCUUUCUAUGUCGAUUCUCUCAUCAUCAAGGACUCGUCCAGACCCGUACAUCUGGGCGAGCACACAGCGCAGGACUUCUUCAUCCCCUUAGGCAUGCACGCACCGGGUGUGAUGGGCGUUCCUGCGGCCGCAUGUCCGUCUCGGAAAAAUGGAGCCUUCUGCGUGUGUCCGCUCUGCGUCGCCUCGCAUGUGCACUCGCCUCGGGCUGGCCUGCCUCUGUUAAAGGCUCCAGAAUUCCCGAGUGGAGAUGUGCCUUACUGCCAGCGCAUCGCACAGCAACACAACACCGCGCCCGUCUGCACGCCCUCCGCUUACAGCGUCACUGAUCCACGGAGAUACCACUGCCUCUCCAUAGGUGCGUCGGAUAACGGCCAGGUUCAGAACGGAAAGCGCAUGCGCACGGCCUUCACCAGCACGCAACUUCUGGAACUUGAGCGCGAGUUCUCCUCUAAUAUGUACUUGUCGCGCCUGCGCAGGAUUGAAAUCGCCACCUACCUCAACCUGUCGGAGAAGCAGGUAAAGAUCUGGUUCCAAAACCGGCGCGUCAAGCACAAGAAGGAGGGCAAAGGCGCGCAGCGGAGCGCGCACGCAGGGUGCAAGUGCUCCGGAAACCACGCACCGUACCCACGCUCAGAGGACGAGGAGUCCCUGUCACCCGCCUCAGCCACUGAGGAGAAGGAGGGUUCGCCCAUUUAACAGAAAAAAAAUAAGAGACACAUAAGGACUAAAUGAUCAUUCACUUUAAAUAGCACUUAGUCUUCCGUAUGCACGGAUCCUUGGACAUCUCCGAAA